AGUAUAUAAAGUGUGAAAGAUGAGAACAAGAAAAGAAAGUCCUUUCACUUUCCCUGUCUUUUAUAUUUUAGUUUUGACUGUUCCGAAUCCCUGCGCCUGCGCUUGCUUAGGGAAGCACCAUUGAAGUGGAUUCACCCAACACUGCUCUCAUUUGCUGCUGAAAGAAAGGGUUGGCAUGGGUUGUGAGUUUUCUAAGUUCCCAGCAUGCUGCACGGGUACUGAGCAAGAUGGUCCAGCUCCUGAGGUUCAGGUUGAUUGCGCAAACGAAGAAAAUGUUGUUGAGGCCAUUGAUUUGCCGAGGUUUCAUGAAUUCUCAAUUGAUCAGCUUAGGAGGGCUACAUCCGGAUUUGCUGUUGAAAAUAUAGUUUCUGAGCAUGGAGAAAAGGCUCCAAAUGUGGUCUAUAAAGGGAAACUUGAUAAUCAGAUGCGAAUUGCUGUCAAACGGUUCAACAGAAAUGCCUGGCCGGAUGCGCAGCCAUUUUUGGAGGAGGCCAGGGCUGUUGGUCAGCUAAGGAACCAAAGAUUGGUAAAUCUGCUUGGAUGUUGCUGUGAUGGCGAUGAGAGGUUACUUGUUGCUGAAUAUAUGCCCAAUGAGACUUUGGCAAAACAUUUAUUCCAUUGGGAAAAUCAGCCUAUGAAAUGGGCAAUGCGAAUGAGAGUUGCUCUAUGCAUUGCCCAAGCUCUAGAGUACUGUACCAGCAAAGGGCGUGCACUAUAUCAUGAUCUUCAUGCUUACCGAGUUCUUUUUGAUGCUGACUACAAUCCUAGGCUUUCAUGCUUCGGUCUGAUGAAAAAUAGUCGAGAUGGGAAAAGUUAUAGUACGAAUUUAGCGUUUACUCCACCUGAAUAUCUGAGGACAGGCAGAGUUACUCCAGAGAGUGUUACUUAUAGCUUUGGUACCCUUUUGCUUGACCUUCUCAGUGGAAAACAUAUUCCUCCAAGCCAUGUCAUUGACCUGAUUAGAGCCAGGAACCCUAAGAUGCUACAAUUUCCAAAUCAUGAGGGGACUGAACAAUUUUCAAAUGGUCAGGGGACUGAACAAUUUUCAAAUGAUCAGGGGAUUGAAAUUGAACAAUUUACAAAUGAUCAGGGGACUGAACCAGCCCUUGACCUGAUUAGAGACAAAAACCUUCAAAUGCUAUCAGACUCUUGUUUGGAAGGAGAGCUUUCAAAUGAUGAUGGAACUGAAUUAGUGCGUCUAGCCUCGCGAUGCUUGCAAUCUGAACCACGAGAGCGUCCUAAUCCAAGAUCACUGGUUGCUGCUCUAAUACCUCUUCAGAAGGAUUCUGAGGUUUCUUCUCAUGUGCUGAUGGGUAUACCCGAUGGUACAGCUGCUUUUCCCCUUUCACCUCUUGGAGAAGCUUGUCUGCGAAUGGAUCUGACUGCCCUGCAUGAGGUGCUGGAGAAAAUUGGGUAUAAAGACGAUGAGGGAGCAGCAACUGAGCUUUCAUUCCAAAUGUGGACAAACCAGAUGCAGGAAACAUUGAACUCAAAGAAGAAAGGCGAUUCUGCUUUUCGGCAUAAGGAUUUUACAACUGCAAUCGAUAGCUAUACGAUGUUCAUUGAUGUUGGAACGAUGGUUUCUCCAACUGUUUAUGCACGUCGUAGUCUAUGUUAUCUGAUGAACAAUAUGGCGGAUGAAGCGCUAAAUGAUGCAAUGCAAGCACAAGUAAUAUCCCCCGUUUGGUACAUUGCUUUUUAUUUACAAGCUGUUGCUCUUUUAGCACAGGGCAAGGAGAAUGAGGCCCAAGUAGCACUUAAAGAGGGUUCUUCUCUUGAAACUAAAAAGAGUUGAAUAGGGUGGUUUGUUUCUUAUACUUGUGCAUCACUGGUUCAUUGGUUUCUAGAAGCAUUCUUUUGCACAGACUAGAGUCACCACAAAGUUAAUUAUACAAUAUCUGUUUGCACUAGGCUCUUCUUUUUCUUUUUCUUUUUCUUAGCUAUGUUAGUAUAAGGAUCAUGGGAAACUUUUGGGAGAGAGUUGUGUUUGUAAAGGUUCAAGUGUCAGCAUUUGUUGGGAAAACAGCAGAUGCUGUCGUUGUGCUUGUAAUUUAAUGUACAUAACGAUUGGUUAUGGCUAUGGCUACUGUGUCGACAUCAAAUAUAGGUUGUUUUGUAUGUUAUAUUCAUAUUGAUUUUGCAUCUAAUAAAUUCUUUUAAUCUUUUCUUUGCCA